AUGUCAGCGAAUGAUAUAUUGGACGUGUUGAAUGUCCAGAGGGAUGGUGUGAAUCAGCCUGCGAAGAAGAAGCUGAAAAGUAAUGACCAAGUGGCACACUCUCGUCAGACUGGGAUGGCCAGGGAAUUGUAUAAUUUACUUGGACCCAAUACACCACCAAUCAAUUUAUCUAAUAAUAACAAUGCCAACUCGAGGGAGAAACUAGCUUUUAAGCCUUCGCCUUGGACCCGAAUGCCAUUCAAGGCAAAUAGCAAGAAUGCCCAUGGCCCGCAACUAUAUCAUUGGGUGAAAGGCUCUAAAGAAUUCUUAGAGAGAGAAUCAAUGGAGAAGUCAUAUUUCUUCGAUAAGUACAAUGUCGGCGUUGACCUUCCUGAAUUAGUGGAUGAAGAAUUGUUUGACAAAUUCAUGGAUGAGAUAAAAGAAGAUAGAAAGGGGUCAGAACCAAAACAAGAACAACCUUCUGAGGAGAAGGAAGAACAAGGGGAGAACAAGUCAAGUGAUGGAGAAAAAGAUGGCCAGCAGGAUGCAAAUGGCGUUUCUAAAGAUAAGAGUGAAACUGAUGAAGGUGAGAAACAGCAGACCAGUUCAGAAAAGGACAAUGAAGUAGAUGACUGGACAUACGAAGAGACAAAAGAGCUUUUCGAGUUAUGUAAAGCUUUUGAACUCAAAUGGCACCUUGUAUUUGAUAGGUUCAGAUAUGAGGGCCGUACUCUUGAAGAUCUCAAAGAUCAUUUCUACAAGCUAUGUGCUAAAAUCUUAGAACAUCAAGAAAAUUCCAAUCCUAGUUUAAUAGAGUCAUUGCAGUCAUACUCCAAAACAAAAGAAACUGAAAGAAAGAAGUACCUUGAAAGUUUAUUGAAGAGAACUCCGGCAGAAAUCGCCGAGGAAGAAUCACUUGUUAUUGAAGCACGUAGGUUCGAACUUGCUGCUAAGAAAAUGCUUGUUGAAAGGUCUCAUUUGCUUACUUUACUCGAUUCUCCCCAGUCUUCACAAUCGGUUCAGCAAUACCAAAGCUCUCAAGGUUUGGCUAACUUGUAUAAUAAUUUGAUGAUUCUUGACAAACACCAAAAAAAACGCCAGCUUCAACAACAACAAAGAUCAAAUAUCCCCACAAACCAAGAUCCUGUUCCUCCUCCAAUUCCAGUUGCAGCCUCUUCAUCUUUCAAAAAGGACCGCACUUUCCAAACUCAUUUACAACAAUAUUUAUCCGGCUUGCUAAAACAACAACAAGCAUCAGGUGUAAACUUGAAGCAUGAAUCAAGUGCCAUUCAACAAUUACUUGCAAAGCGUCUUACAGUAAAAGAAGAAGAGGCUUACGGUAUUUAUUAUCAUGCAAAUGAAAAGUUGACCCCGGGUGUUAUACUAAGAUCAACUCAGAAGUUGCCUGGUUUGCAACAAAGGCAAUCUGUUCUUAAAUCGGUGAAUAACGUUUUACAAGAACUAGACAUUCCAACUGUAGGUGGUACAAAUUGGAAACCUAUAAUGCCUACUCGUAAAACUAUGACAAAAUAUGAUGAACUCUUGAGAUCAGUGGUUGCGUUAUUGGACGUUAAAAGAGGUAAAGAUAAAUUAGAAUCGGAAAUUAAACUCAUAAAGAGUCAAAGAGGCUUACAAUAA